AUGGACAGGAGCAGUGACAGGGACGGUGUGCCUGUACGUUCGCUCUCCUGUUCGAGAGGGAGGAGGAGACGGUCGCUCCGUCUCCGCUCGCACUCCUUCGCCUCGAGCUCGCUUGACGACUCGUUGUACCGUGCAGCACCAGUACUCGUCGCUCGAGUCGUCGCACUCCUCCUCCCUCGUCCUCCAGGGUCGCUCGCUCCGGCAGCCGAUUCCUCUGUCGAACGAUCUGGUGCCAGCCAGUCGUCUCCUCAGACUAGACUGCAACGGUCUGCUCGCUUCCAGCGAACCCGCUUUCGAGGACCCACCAUCCUUCCCCUGGCUCCGGCCUUGUAA